UGUAAAUCUUCCCUUCGUGUUCUUCUCUCGGUUGAAUUCAGUUUUUCUAGAGCCAAGAAGUUUCUGUUUCUAAAAUUAGUCAUAAUAAUACCGACAUGAGCACUGUUGGAGAAUGGAACGAGAGUCUGGACAACCUAGAUGACCUAAUCAGCUGCAUGGGAAGCCUUGAGAGGGAAGACAUCAUUUACCUGGACGAGUACCUGGUGGGCGAGACGAGCCCCCACUCCCACUCGCCCACUCGCUGGCUGGCCCUCAUGAAAGGCGAGUCAGAGGAGGAACAGUGCGAGGAAGCCUUUUGCGGAGUGAGGUAUGGCGCGGAGCCUGUGGCUGAAGGACCAGGCUACAAGAUUUUUGAAGAAGAGGAGGAAGACGACAAAGCAGAUCUUGUUAUUAACUUGCCACAGGAGCAGCCAACAGUCCAAGCCAAGUCCUCUGAUCUUGCUAAAACAUCAGUAACGCCAUCUAGAUCCACAAAAGGAGUCUCAAAGGUCAAAUUUGUGUCUUAUGAGUCUCUGCCUGCCAGUAAAGCCAAGCUUUUCUUGUGUGAGCUGUGUGGGAUGAAACUCUCCACGAGGGAAGCGAGAAGGAGGCACAUCUUAGCCAAGCACAUCAAGGAACGGAAGAAUUUCUGCAAAAUCUGCGGGAAGGCGUUCAUUUUCAAAUUCGCCCUAAAAGCCCACAAAGCAGUACACUCGGAUAAUCCACGAUUCAACUGUGUGUGCGGCAUGUCAUUCUCUGUGCGCGCGUCAUACAUGGACCACAUCAAGAGAAUCCACAGAGCAGCUUCUGAGAUGAAAUAUCCGUGUGAACUUUGCUUCAAGUCCUUCGGUGAUCGGCAAACUCUUCGCAUCCACUUGAUAUCAGUUCACAAACCAAAGACGAUAUCUUGCACCCAGAAAGGCUGCACUAAAGUCUUUUCCACAGUUGGCCUCAUGAGAAACCACUAUAGGUAUCACCUCAAUCGAAAAUUCACUUGCGAUGAGUGCGGACGAAGCUUCUCCACGGAAUCGUACAUGUACAAACAUCGUCUCACUCAUUCAGGCAUAAGACCGCAUGUCUGCAUUGACUGCGGGAAGACCUACUUGAGUGCCUCCCACCUGAGCAAGCACAGGCGCAUGGCCCACUCCACUGCCAGGCCCUUCCAGUGCUCCUUUUGCGGGAAGUGUUACAAGACUAAGGAUCAGGUCAACUAUCAUGAAAGCAGCCACAGAGGUGAGAAGCCUUUCCAGUGUGAGGUGUGUGGGUAUGCGACAUCAUACAGGAAUACCUACUAUGCUCACAGGAAGAAGCACUUCGUAAAAAGUUCCCCAGAUUGUACAGUCUCAGGUGUGCAAAAAAGUUCCUUAAAUGUACAGAGUGAGUCAUCUGAAAUGGAAUCAUCAAAACAAGAUGAUGCUUCUGGCAAAGGCAAGAAAACAUCAGACUCGCCAAGAUGCAAGGGAAAAUCAAAAGAUCUCGCCAAAACUAAGAACAGCAAUACUCAUAAAAAGGGGGAUAUAACCGUCAUUACAGGUUCUAGUACAGGCUUGGUUGAUGCAGGUGAAGACAGUGUACAGUUGUCAGAGACUAGUCCAGAGCAGCUUUCUUUGCAAGCUUCAGACAAUAGAGAUAUCUUCAAAGUAAAGAGUGCGUGUGCUCCCAAUGCUGAGUCUGUUGAAGUUAUUUAUGUUUCACCAAGAUCCAGUACCAUCCGAAAAAUGGAACAGCAGCCAUCCUUGACAGUACCUCCUGGCAAUGAUCAUAAUGUGACAAUUCACAUGAGUAGUGGAGAUUCCCAGAAAGAUGCAGAAAAAUGUUACCCGUCAUGCCCUUCUGAAUCAUCCAUCAUUCAGAAAAAAGUUCAGGAAAAUGAGGAUUCCUUUAAGGAGGCUGUUCAGAUUUGUGGCAUACAGUCAUCUGCUUCAGAUAAAUGUACUGGAGAGAAAAACAUGAUAAUGGCAGGGGAAAAACUGAAUUCCUGUAUUAUAUUAUCAAGUAGUGGGAGGUGUGCAGUGCCAACAUGUGAAAGCAAUGACGACUCCCUCUUGCUUAUUAGAGUAGGAGAUGAUUCAUACAUAGGCGUUUGCAGACAUCACACCUUCACUGACCAGCUGUGUGACACUCCGAAGGAAGGCGAUUCAGCACAAGAGUCAAAUGAAGUGGACUUCGGUCUCCAGGCAUAUGACAAUGUGAGCAUCCACAUCACAACUCACGCUGAAAGAGAGGGAGAUGAAAUUAUCACUUUGGCAACUUCCGAUACAUCCCUGAAAACAUCUGGGGAACUCGACGGCGUGGGUGAACUAGAGGCUGAAAUCAAAGACCAAACCAUCUCAUUGAUUACCUUGCCAGAAAAGUAUGAGAGGGUUGAAAUAGACACAGAGGAUUCCUUGCCCCAUCAGCCAGAACUAGGCGUAGAACUUCUCAAGGGGCCGAGUAUAGCACAUGUGGAGCAGCCAGACCCCAAUGAACCUGUUAGAUUAAGCUCAAAUGAGGUGUGUCCAGUCGAGGACUUCUCAGCCAUGAUUGAGCUGGACUCUGGGGUUGCUAGUUUAUCUGGGCACAUUGUAGAUGACUCGCUCAGCUUGGCACAACUAGAAGUCGUAUGCCCACUCUGUGAUGAACAGUUCAUGUGCAUGGAUGCAUAUGUCACCCACUUAGAAUGUAGUCAUAAUUAGUCACAGUCUUGGUUAUCUCUUUAUACUGUAAUUAUUGUUAUUCUGUUGUUUAAUAGUACAAUCUGUUUGAUCUCAUUAACUGAUGUGUAGGAUAUUAUAUGAAAGGAGGAAGGUGAAAAAAUCCAUGUACUUAAGUGCUUAGGAUAUAAAAGCCUUUAAGAAAUGCUGUUGGUUGUUAAAUGUUUCAAUGGACCAUUUGCACCUUACCAUCACUCAUAACUGAUAAAAAGAAGCCUGGGUAAUUUUCUUCCUUUAUCUAUCAGUGAUUUGUAAUUUGUCUUCACAAUUAAACUCAGGACAAAUUCUUUUUUGUGUGUGUGUGUGUGGUUAAUAUUCAGCUAUGCAAUUUUUGAAAUGAUUCUUUUAUGUAUUUCAUCACUAUGUUUAUGGUGUCAUUUCUAUCUUGCUCUUUCACUAGAUGUAAGGAUUGUUUACCAAAAGUGUUGCAUGUAUUUUCUUACAGAAUUUAAAUGUGAUAGCAGUUCAGAUCAAAUUUAGAUAUUCUAGUCAGGUUCAGAUAAUUCAUUAUUAUAUUACUUAAGGUCUUACUUUCAACUGUUUCAAAAGAGUGUUACUUAUUUGAUU